AUGACACAGAGAGCUCGUCUGCUGGAACUCGCGAAAAAGAUCAGGACAGUAGACAUAGAGGAGAAUAUUGAGGCCGAGUCAGAAGCGUGCGCUAUUUCCCCUCAAAAGCUUCAGUCCGACUCCGAUGAGGGAACCGAUUUGUCCCACCUGGAGACUAAAAAGCAAAUUGAGGAACUUCGCCUUACUUAUGGCAAUGAAUGGUUAAAGACCGGUAGUGCCGAGAUGAUGCUGGGAAUCGAAUCGCCGCAGCCUUCUGAACUAGAGCGCGACAAUGCUCGUCAGCUGUUCAAUGAGUUCUUGGGGGAAUUUUCAGGUUCAUCAAGCAUAAUAGUUAAUUCUCAAGCGGAUCCUGAACAUCUCCAAAUUUUCUCUACUCCAGCGAAUAACGUUUUGUUAAAAACAACCUUUGACACCACUCUGACCCCUAUUAAGUCGGAUGCGAACGAUACAAGUGGGCUACAUUUUUAUGAGACCUGCACUGAAGGAGAAGUGACAAACUACGAUAGCAUCGCCAGCACCACAAAGGAAUUGCGGGCGGAGGAGUCACUGCCUGAUAAGCACGAAGAGUUUUUUAGGCUCUUUGCAAAUAGCUCAAGUGCUGUUUACUCGUCCGAUGCCGAAUCUGACAAGGAAACCUUCAUAGUCUAUCAUGAGCAAAAGCCGAGCGAUGUUCUUUUUUUCACCACAUCUUCAAAUUUUAUACGUGAAAAAGAUUCGCUAACCGAUAGGACUAAAACCAAAUGGAGUCUAAAAAUACUGGAGUCAUGCGAGCGAGUAAAGUGCAAUACCUUACGAAUAAUAUUCGACACGAUGCGUAAGGAUAAACAGGAGGGAAUCUAUUGUGUUGAGAGUACAUUGUUUCGGGAACUGGAAAAGAAACUGCGAGACAUUCUCUGUCAGCGUGAUCUGAACGAAAUGAACAUUUCCAUUUAUCGCUGCGUGAGUUGUCUAACUCAAUUUACCAUUGAGCAAAAAGGCAAACGACAUAAAAAAAAGGACUUGAGAUGUCUAGACUAUCGUAGUGCAUAUGUGGCCGAAGUAACUGAGUUGUCUUCCUCUUUGACCAAACAUUCGGAGGAAGUGGUGGCAGAGCACAAACAUUCCCCCCCAGACAUAUUGAUGGAGGAAACGCUUGUUGAGACAUUUACAGGGUCAACAAAUAAGGAAGAAAGCAAAAGCAUUGGUUCCGGCAAUUCACUAAGCGAGAGCAGCUCAUGCUCGAAAAUUACUAACUCGCAGAGCUCUUUUGACUCUAAUCAGUCCGUUGUGGGUAGCUCUAACACGGAUCGUGAUAUAGAGUUUCGGGCUAACGAAAGUGAUGUGGACAUCAUCUCCAAUCCGAGCCAGUCAAGCAUAGAGGUGAUAGAUCCAAACUACGCACAGAGCACUAGUCGCAAGACCUUAGAAGAGCGCCAUCUGUCACAUCUCGAAACGAUAAGCGAUGAAAAAGGGCAAUCUAAAAGGUUCUUAGAUCGAAAGUUCGAUUUAAUUCAGGCGGAACAGGGUCAGACUGCAGCUCCCGUAUCAUUAUCUGUGUCCCAAGUUCCGCUCACAGAAAGCAGCUCGUCAGGAUCUAUUACCGACAGCAUUUGUACAACCUACGAGCAGCUGGGCAUUGAUGGGCCGACAAGUCUUUCAAAUUUGCUGCUUUCCGAAUCUUUAAAUAGUCAAAUAAGUAGCUCAAAUACGGACUCAAUAAGCCGUUUAAAAAGAGCUGAUGAAGUCAGCCUUUUACCGUUUGCAGCCGUAUUUCGUUCAACUAAUCUGCUCAUGUCCAGCUCAAAGAAGAUGGUAGACUCUGAAGCUAAUGUCUUGGGUACUCAGCCCUACAAAUUUAACUACAUUGACUUUGAUGAUAUCGAUCACCGUCUAAAACUCUUCUUCUACCAGAGCAAGUUUAAGGAGGAUGGUGAACAUUUUAAGUGGUUGGCAAAGGGACGCGUCUUUAACGAGCAGAUCCAGGUCCUGGGAGAAGGACUCGUGGUGAUGUCCAACUGCAAUUGCUUUUUAAUGGAAUCCUUUGCAUUACCCCAAGACGAUGUGGCCAAGUGGCUUCGGCAAGUCGUAAGAGUGUCGGUUAGUCGAUUAAAGGCGGUUGAACUGCUGCCCUGGAAGCUUGGAUUAUCCUUUACCUUAAAGGAUUGGGGCGGAUUUAUGUUGCUGUUGCACGACAUGCUUACGACCGAUAGCUUACUUCUUUUCUUGCGACAUCACCCUCUACCAGAGCAGUGCCAACUUAAUUACAAACCAUCCACCACCCUCAGCAAUCCGUUGCAAACUAUUGCAUUUGAACCAGUUAAAAUGCGCUCCCUGCUUCGUAGCAGCCAAUGGAUUCGAGAACAAGAGAAGAACUUUGAACAAUUUCUGCUCCUAAUUACAGAGUCACAUUUGUACAUAUCGGCAGAUUUAAAAUUCUCGUGGCUUUCAAACAAAAUUCAGGAUAAAUCCACGCAACCGGAACUUACCCUUAGACAGCCCAUGAGCAACUUAGUAGACGUGGAACGCAUUACGGAUAAAAAAUAUGUGAUGAACUUUAGCGACGAGACCCAAAACAAGUGCGAGAUGUGGCAGUUGCUGUUCGAAACGCAUAACAAUUCCACGUGUUGUCUGAAUGUCAUCGGUAAAACAUGGGAGCAGCUGUUUGGCGUUCCAUUCAGCCUAUCUGAAACGUAGCAGAGCUCAACGCCAAGGAACCAACUAGAACGGAUUACCAUACAUUUCCAUUUAUUGUGCAAAGCUUAGAAUUGUUGAUCUUUAUUGACUACGUUAUUUAAUGUCACAUUAGUUUUCUUAACUUAACCUUCGUAUUUGUGAGUCGUUGGCUAGGUUUUUUUUAGUUAUGCAAAAGUGGUGCUUGCCGACCAAAUAAAUGUAAAUAUUUUAAAAUGUAAAGGUUAUUUUCUAAAUCGCUGCAAUAUAUACAAACAAAAAAUAUUAA